ACGAGCGGGGCGGGCGUGAGGGAGCGAGCGGCGGGAGGGAGCGGGCGAGGCGAGGCUGGUCCCGCGGCGCCUCGCCUUCCAGCGGGUUUCUCUUCAGAGAGCGGCUUUCCCAUAACGCGGAGCCCUCAUCCCCCUCUCCGCCCCUCAGACGAAGUCCCCCGCCGCUAUGUCUCUCGGCCAGCGCCUGGCCCGGCUGGCCGCCCACCUGCAGGACCCGCGGAAGGUGGCCGCGUUCCAGCGGCUCUGCGGGGUGGAGGGGCCCUCGGGCUGGGCCGGCGCGGAGCAGCGGGGGCCGGUGGCGAACGGCGGCCCCGCGGGCGGGCAGGAGCAUCCCGCUGGGAACGGGGCCGUGCCCGGCGCGGCGGGAAGCCCGCGGCGCUGGAGGAGGAGGCCGCGCCGAAACUCGCUGACGGAGGAGGAGGACGGCAGCCAGGAGUUCGCCACUCGCAGCCGCUUCCUCUACUAUCUGUUCAGCCUGGGCACGGAGCUGGGCAACGAGCUCUUCUACAUCCUCUUUUUCCCUUUCUGCAUCUGGAAUGUGGACGCCUGGCUGGGCCGGAGGCUCAUCAUCAUCUGGGUGUGGGUGAUGUACCUGGGGCAGUGCACCAAGGAUGUGAUCCGCUGGCCGCGUCCUGCCUCGCCGCCCGUGGUGAAGCUGGAGGUGUUCUACAACUCCGAGUACAGCAUGCCCUCCACCCACGCCAUGUCGGGCACCGCCAUCCCCCUGGCGCUCCUGCUGCUCAGCUACGGCCGCUGGCAGUAUCCCCUUAUGUUUGGACUGAUCCUGGCAUUCUGCUGGUGUUCUUUGGUUUGCUGUAGUCGAAUUUAUAUGGGAAUGCAUUCAAUUUUGGAUGUUAUUGCUGGAUUUCUUUAUGCUAUUCUUAUCCUGGUUGUCUUCCAUCCACUUGUGGACCUGAUUGACAACUUCAACUUAACUUACAAAUAUGCACCCUUAAUUAUCAUCAGUCUCCAUUUGGCCCUGGGCAUCUUCUCUUUCACCCUGGACACGUGGAGCACGUCGCGAGGAGACACAGCUCAGAUCCUGGGCUGCGGUGCCGGCGUGGCCUGCGGCUCUCAUGUCAACUACAUCCUGGGCCUGCAGCUGGAUCCUCCUCCCCACACCUUGCCUUUGUCCCUGUCCUCCCUCACCGUGACCGUGUUUGGAAAAGCCAUACUGCGCUUGCUGAUCGGCGUCAUCGUGCUGUUGUUAACAAGAGUGGCCAUGAAAAAAGCCACGAUUCCACUGGCGUGUAAAAUGUUCCGCAUCCCACACGCUGACGUGCGGAGAGCCAGGCAGCGCAUGGAGGUCGAGCUGCCCUAUCGCUACAUUACCUAUGGGAUGGUUGGCUUCUCCCUCAUGUUUAUUGUUCCUUGCCUCUUCCAUUUCAUUGGUCUUUCCUGAUGCAGUUUGAUCACUUUGAGUAGGGAGAACUGAGCUAGUUGCUUUUUGAAGAGGUGCACUAGUUUGCUAAGGGAGGCCAGCCAGCUUGGCUUUAGCAGGGUCUUCCUAUUAACAGCAAUACAAAGCAGGCAAAGCAUUUAAAGGGCUUUGCACAUCUCUGGGGAUGGUUUAGGGCCAGCAGUCAAGCAUCAGUCCAGGAGAAGUGCUGACCUCUGUAAAUGCUGUUUUUUGGACUUAUUGCUGUAACCAAGUCUGUGUGUGUGAUGCAGUGAAUGUAUCUGGGAUGGCUGCCAGGCUGUACCUGUGUACAGUGACACUUUGGCAGGUGUGUCUGACAGCUAUUCAGAAGGCUCCAUUCAUGAUCUGUUUGCCAUUUCACAGUAAUUAAUUCAAGUUGUUGGACCAUAAACUGUUACAUUUACUUUUUUCUAUUCUUUCCUGAAGUCCUGCUUCAAGGUAUUUCAACUAAUAGGUAUUUUUAACGGACCAAACUUGUAAUGAGGUUGAAUUUUUCUAAAUAAUUAAACAAAAGCCUUUUUCUUUAGCCCCCUUUACAGAGAAAAAUGUCUGGAUUAGCAUUGGUAGAUAUCACUAGAGUAUAUAUAAUUCAGGUACUGUAUUUUAUGGUUUAAUAACUGUGCCUUUCUGUUGCUAAACUAAGAAAUGCCAUAUAUACUGUGAUGUAAAAUGCCUGAUUUUAUGGAAAAUCCUACAUAAUUAGGCAGAUAUUAAAAAAAUGUUAAUUGUCCAUGUUGCUGACAUGGGCCAAGUUAACCAGAAUGUUCAGCUUUUCCUGAUCAAAAUUGCAUAAAUGAAACAACACAGGAAUUGUGUCCUUGAGCUCAAGAUAUUGUAAAUGAACAAUAGUCCCUUUUGUAAGUAUUUUUAAUGUGUAUUGUAAGAUACUGCAAGAGGAUAUAUUUUUCUGGAGAUUGUUUAUACAGUGGAUGGAUAUUCAGUAUUAAUUAUUUAAACAUAUAAACAAUAAAAGCACCCCAUUCUGCAAAGAAAUGGGCUUCAUUUAUUAUUCCAAACUAAUCUAGAAGGACCACUGCUUUUAGGUAUUUGGUUAGAAAAUAUAAUACUUACUCUAGAAAAAUCUGUAUUUUUAUGCAUUAACAUACUAUAUUUAAAGGAAAUAAUCACCUUUACCCAAUUUAGAUAGUUACAAGACAAUGUAACAAUUAAAGUAAACUAGUAAUCAUUCUGAUUCACAGAUUGUGAGGCAGUCAAGACAGUAUGGUCAAUGCAUGAACAGUUUGUGAUGUCUAAAUUUGGCAGGAUUUUAUUAUGUGCUUUCGAGCUUUUCAUGAUCCUUUUCCCUUCAAGUGUAAUUUCAUGUGCUUUUUUUCUGUUCAUUUUGUCUUGUUCAUGUGUUGCCUGAUCUGUUAUUUUCAUGUCAGGAACAGUUACUGCAGGAAGCGCUGUCUUAGUGUCUGAGCAGACACAAAUUCCUUAAUUUUGUAUUGUACUUGUUUUUCAGGAAAAGCAUCAUUUGGUUGGGAAAUACAGUGAUCGGAUAGAAUACAAAGCCUACAUUUUUUGUGAGCAGUAUUUGGUUUUAGAAGGUUUUCUGUGUUGGAGAUGAUAUCUCCAAGCUGUUAGUGUGUAGAUUGACAAAGUUAACUUCACUUUCUUUGAAGCACAUGAGGUCUAUGGUACUCUGGCACUGGAUGAUGUGAAAAAACUCAACUUUUCUGGUGCAUUUUUGCCAUGCAUCCUGAAUGCACUGCUAUGAAUGUAUUUAACUGAGGUAUUAAGAACUGAGAGUGUGUUAAACAACUUACAUACCUGGAAACACCUUACCCAGCAGAAAAUGGUGAGAAAAUAGUUUCAGUGUGUGUUUCUGGAUUUGAUUUUUGUGUCUGUUCCUCUUUUGCAGUUCAGUGCUGAAUGUGCAGGAAAAGGUAAAUUGGUUUCUAGGGUUUUGAGAAUGGGAUUUUCACUGAUUGGCUUCACACACCAAGAUAGCCAUUAAAUACAUAGCUGGGGGAAUGUACACAAAAUGCCUUAUGCUUAAAGCCCUAAGCAAGUGGUGUAGUUUCAAUUAUAUUUAAGUAGUCUGAGGACUGUUAACAAUAAUAGGAUAACUUUCUCUGAUAUUUAGUAAAUAUUUAGGGCAUAUUCUCCUUAAAUAUCCUAGCUUUACAGUUUCUAGCAAAAAAUGUUUAAAUUCUAGCACAGAAAAGGUAAGUGAGCAAAACUCAUUUUUUAAGGUACAUAUUGGACUUCUAGAAACUUCAAGUUUACAUCAUAAAGAGCAUAAGUAAAGCUGUAUUUUCUAGCUGUGCUUGCUCUCUUGUAGUAUUAAUGGAACAUGAGAUGUACUGUAGAGGAUCUGGAAAGAGUGAAAAAGAUCACACAGAGCUUUCAACAGGCUAAGGAAAAUUGCACUGUAGCUUAUUCUACUGUCAUAAACGUAUUUUUUAUAUUUUUAUACAUUACAUUGAGUAAAUUCAAAAUGUCAUGUUCUGUGUACCACUGCCCAGGAAAUGUCCAUCAGAAUGUCUAUAAAGCACCUUCAGCAACUACUUCAGUGAAGUUUACAUGAGAAAAAGUUCUACUGUUCUAUUUUCAUGUUUUAUAAGGGGUUAGGCUCAAGAGGGCAGUUAGCACAAAAUGUCAUGCAAUAUGAAUACCUUUAGAGGAUAAAGAAGUACAGACAUACAAAUGCUUCAAAAUCCAAGUAUUUGUAUUGGUGUAUAAUUUUGUUUACUAAUAAGCUAAGAUUCCUUGGAAUUGGGCAUAACAAGCAGCAGGUAAAACUGGAGCACUUUCUUUGCCCUAAUCUAUUCUUAGAGUCGAACAUGAAAAAUGUUUCUAGUAUGAGCACCAGCUGGUACCAAAUUCUUCAUAAAUAAAGUUAAUAUAGCUUUAAGAGGUAGUCAAAUGGCUUUCCAGAAGGAAAUAUGCUUGAAACCCUUUAUGAUGUGGUGCAAAAAAAUCCUGCUACUGAACUCCCUCAGUCCCAGAGAGAAUUAUUACUUCAUAGAACCAGGUAUAAAUGCACAUUUAUUACAAAAAGCUGCUGGCUACAUUUGCCUUUUUUAAUUAUUGUGUGAAAUAAUCCUAAAAACCAACAGGCAGGUAGAGAGCAAUUUGACACAAAAUUCUGUUUUCCAAGAGGCUGAAGAGAUGCAAAUUAGUCUGAGACUGCCUUAAACACAGGAGCAGGAUUUUUUCUGGUCUGGCCCUCACUCAGAAUGGACACGUGCAUCUUGGGUGAGUUUUAGAAUCUGUUAUUUUGGAAAAAUGUUUCAUGUUUAUAAAAAAGCAUUGAUUUUUUGCUUUCUCCUUGCUUCUCCUACUUUAUAUACAAGUAUCACCUGUAUAUAAAGUAUCACAGUAUCACCUGUGAAGCUGUUGGGUCUCUAUCAGGAGCGACUUGAAAGUAAAUAGGCAAACCAAAGGGAGUUGUUUUUUGUUUAUUUGGAAUUUUUAAAGGUUAUGUACAGCAUUUCUCCUGGAAAGAAAAACCAAACAGAAAGAUGCAUUUUUUUCUUUUUAAAAUGGCAUCUCCAAAUGUGAUAUGUGGCUUUUGUGUUAUUUUUUUCUUACCAGAACAGUGUUAAAUUGUCUGGAUAUUAGAAGCUAAUAGCUUUUCCUUUGUUUUUGUUUUAAAUUACUGCUCGCAGUAUUUUUUACUCCAUUUUUUGCUUAUUUCUGAGAGAGUGUCCAGAACUUCUGUAAGCAAUUGCUACUUAUGUGAAGAUUGUAAUUUUGAAUUUGUAAAUAAUUAAGGAUUUUUAGCUACAAAAAUAUAUAAAAACAAAUCCUUGCAUGCUGUAAGUAAAUACAUCUGUUGUGCUAAAAGUUGUUUCUGUUUCAGUAUUUGCUUUCACAAUAAAACCAGUUUUCACACACAUUACAGAAGAUAUUUAAUAAUUCAAUGGUAUGAAGGGGCAUUGCUGUCAAACUCCUGCUAACUUUACUGGGAGUUCUGCACUUGGUUCCUUCCACACAUCACUGAGAAUGAAGCCUGAAGGGCAAGUCCGUGCUGACUGUGAGCAGGCUCGGUGUGUGUGAAGUGACUCAGCUUCCAAAUGUGAUAGCCUUGCUUUUGGGUGAUUUUCCUUGUUAAAAUCACACUUAGCCCUGUUUUUACAAGAUUGCUAAAGGGCUCAACUUGGAAGCCCAUUCUGUGUAGGUGGAACUGGCUGCACAUUUCUAACACUCCCCCUCUGUACCAUAAUUCUGUGAAUGAAGAGACCCCAGAAUAAAGUCAGUAGAUAUUAAAAUGAGAGGAGAAAUGGUUUAUUGGGGUAUUGUGACCCAACUUAUUGCAACUGAUUCUUGAAUGGUUCUUUGGUCUAAAGUAGAAUGUUUGGUGGUUAUAUCAUUUAUUUCUGUAUUCUACAAAUAACUUUGAGGAAACUUAACUUUUUUGUGGGAGGAAGUUGAAUGACUUCUUCCCAGACUUUAUUCUACAGGAAAGCUUAAGUGGCCUUUUCUUUCAGAAAAGAAUAUAUAAGCCUGUUUUAACAUUUCAAGCAAAUUAUAUAUUUGUCAAAUUGAUAGAUUAAUUGGGUCACUAAUGUUGUUCUUACAAUACUGAAGAAAGGCAAUGAAAGCCGAAUUUGGAAACAAAAUGUAAUUCUGUAUGGCAGAGAGGAUAAAGCACUUCAGGUGUUCUCUAAAAAGCAAGUAUCACAUGCUGGUUUUGAAGCAAAUUUAGCCAUGCAUUUGAAAAAUUUCUCUGCACUCCAUUCUGCACCAGAAAUGAUUUGCAUGUUGGUUAAGAGGCCUUGUAAGAAAAGGAAGGAAAGCAGGGUGUGCUUGCAGUAUAUGUCCAGUAACUGUUCCUGUUAGGAUCAAAGGAGAAGAGAGGGUAAGUGGGAUAACAGUACCUUAAAGAUACUGACUAGUAAAUGUAAAUAAUUCCCAUCAAGUUGGAGGAUUUUAUUAGUCACUGUUUUCCCACAAGUUUAUUUUUGUUAGAAAGUGUAAUGAAAGAUAAUGGUGAUAUUACUGAAUUGGAAAUUACCUCUUAAGACAAUUCUAGAUGACUGAAGUAUCAAAACUGAAGAAGAUCAGUUAAGGAGCAAGUAAUGGGAACAGUAAGAGUAGAGUCUGAGGGGGAUUUUGUAUUAAACUUAAUGCACAUAAAAGUUAUGCCAAAAUUUGGCCUACACUUGAUUUAUAUGAAAUCUGUAGUACAAUAUAGAUACAUUUAUAUAUAUAAAUAUUGUGUAUUGGAGUUUUUUAUGUAUAGAUUUUUUUUCCUGUUUACUGCAUUCCCUGGUAAAAGGAAGAUGAUAAAAUACAAACCAGCAUUGUCUCUAUAAGGUAAGGCUGUAUAUUAGGUAGCCUUUUGGGAAAUAAUGCAGUUGUAACCCAGUCUCUCAACCACUUGGAGAACUUGAUUUUAAAAACCCAAAACAACUGAGAUGCGAGCGCAGAGUUAGUUGAGGAUCAUAUAAUGUUUGCUGUAUAAUAGUGUACAACUGAUGUUUUAAAAAUUAAUACAUCGGCACUUUGUUUUAUUAUUUUUAAUGAUUUUGUACUCAUUGUACACUUUCUGAGUUGUCAAUUAAUACUUAAGCUUAUAUUGACUGGUAACUGAAAUGUCUAACUUCACCUGCAAUGCGUGGGUAAUAAACUCCUGUUGGAUUCAGC